AUUUUCUGAAUGUAGAGAAAUGAAACAUCUGUAUGAAUAUUUUAAUGAUUAUGAAACUAUUAAGGAGAAAAUUAAUUGUGGCCUGAGUAGACAAGAUAAAUAUUUUAAAUAUCUUACAUAUAUUAGUUCCUUAUAUAAUAAACACAAAGAUGAAGAAGGAUGCUGUUCCUGGGGUGCGAAUAUGUGUCCCUAUUAUUUUUUGCAAUGUGACGAAGCUUAUGAUCCCAGAAAACUCAUAAGGGUGAUAGAGUCAGGAAAUUCGAAAGAAUGCAAUGAUAUAAAAGAAUCAGCUGGAGUUAUAAAAACUGCUCAAGCAAAGUCUGAAGAAGAAAAAUUACGUAAUUCUAUGUAUAUAAAAUAUAUGACAUGCUCUUAUAUCCCUGGUUCUCGUUUUAAUAAAAAGGGUUUAAUAUGUCAGCAACAAUCUAAACGUCCACAUAUGAAUAACAAAUUUUUAUCCAGAUACACUUCAUAUAAUGCGCCAGUAAAUAUAUCAGACCCAAUAAAUAAAAAUAUAACAAUCAAUGGGAAACCAAUGAAUGUAGUUUUAAUAUCUAAUCCAAGCGCACGUAUAACAACAGAGGACGAAAAAAAAGAGAGAUAG